AUGAGCGGAAAGAUCGUCUUCUUCGAGGGGAGAAACUUCCAGGGCCGCUCAUAUGAGUGCAUCAGUGACUGCUCUGAAAUCGCCUCCCACCUGAGCCGGUGCAGCUCCUGCAGGGUGGAGAGCGGGACGUUCAUGGUCUACGACCAGCCCAACUACACCGGCCAGCAGUUCCUCCUGACCAGGGGAGAGUACCCAGAAUACCAGAACACCAUCGGCUUCAAUGACUGCAUUCAGUCCUGCCGCAUUGUUCCUACGCACAAGGGACCCUUUAAGAUGAGGAUCUACGAGAAAGAGAACUUUGAAGGGCAGAUGCAGGAGCUGACUGAUGACUGUGACUCCAUCCAGGACAACUACCACAUGUCGGACAUGCAGUCCUGCAACGUAAUGGAGGGCUACUGGUUGAUGUUUGAGCAGCCAAACUACGAGGGCAGGAUGUUUUAUCUGAAACCAGGGAAGUACAGGAACCUCAAAGAGAUGAGCAACGAUGAUCUGAGGUUCAAUUCAAUCAGACGCAUCACAGAAUCUUAA